AUGCCAGAGUAUGCCUUGUGGUCUGUGGUGAUCCUGUUGGGGCUGGAGCUGAUGAGCUACCUGGUGAAUGAGAUUCCUCAGAGGUUUUUCAACCCAUCCGCCAUCCCCAUCAGAGGGAAGCACCUGGACGUGCUAUCAUGGAAGGAUAUCAGUUUCAUCACGUGGAACAAGUUCACCACCACGUUGUUCACCUAUCACGCCCUUCGUUUCUGCUGGCUUAGCCCGCGGAUCGCUUGGGGCUGGUCUGAGAUGACAAUUUUGAAUACAGUCAUCGCUUUCUUCUCAUUGUUUGUGGUUUACGAUUUCUUCUACUGUAUCUGGCACAGAAUAUUACACGUCAGGGGGCUGUACAAAUUCAUUCACAAGCACCAUCACCAUCAGGCUGCGCCAUCCCGAGGGAACGCAGAUGCCGUGAAUGUUCAUCCGAUUGAAUUCAUCGUGGGGGAAUACUGCCACCUCCUCGCCAUCUUCAUCAUCCCAUGCCAUGCUGUUGUUGCUGCUGUCUUCGUCGUCCUGGGAGGGAUUCUGGCAUCUCUCAAUCAUACGCGUUACGAUAUAGCGGUACCGCUGCUGUUCGAUACGAAAGCUCACGACCAGCACCAUGUUAUCCCGACAGUCAAUUACGGACAGUACACGAUGCUGUGGGAUCGAGUGUUUGGAACUUACGUUCCUCAUCCUCUGUCGUCACGUCCUAAGGCAGAAUGA